GGGAGAACACUGGAGAACAUGGAAGAACAUGGGAGAACACCGGAGAACAUGGAGAACACCAUAGAACACUGGAGAACACCGGAGAACAUGCAAGAACACAGGAGAACACGGAAGAACGCAGGAGAACACGGAAGAACAUGGGAGAACACUAAUGAACACGGGAGAACAUGCAAGAACACAGGAGAACACAGGAAAAUACGAGAGAACACUGAUGAACACCAGACAACACUGGAGAACACGGCAGAACGCCGGAGAACAACAGGAGAACAUGCAAGAACACAGAAGAACAUCGGGACAAUACGGGAGAACAUGGAAAACACCGGAGAACAUGCGAGAACACAGAAGAACACAGCAGAACACCGGAGAACAAAUGAGAACACUGAAGAACAUGCAAGAACACAGGAGAACACGGGAAAAUACGAGAGAACACUGAUGAACACCGGACAACACUGGAGAACACGGCAGAACGCCGGAGAACAUGCAAGAACACAGAAGAACAUCGGGACAAUACGGGAGAACAUGCGAGAACACGGAAGAACACAGCAGAACACCGGAGAACAAAUGAGAACACUGAAGAACACAGGAGAACAUGGAGAACACUGGAAAACACGAGAGAACAAUAGGAGAACACCGGGACAAUACAGGAGAACACGAGAGAACAUCGGGACAAUACGGGAGCACAUGGAAAACACCGGAGAACAUGCGAGAACAAGGGACUGCGCGGGAGAACACGCAAAAACACAGGUGAACAAGAGAGAAAACCGGAGAACACGUGAGAACACUGGGGGAAUGUCCAGGAUAAGCCAUGAGGAUCUGUGUGUCAGAAGGCAAGAACACAAGCACAGACACGGGACAUCAGAUGCUCAGAGGACACGGACUCUACGCACAAAGAUCCUCUUUGUCUGACGCUCAUGAAGAGGGUUUUCACUCUCU